GAGGUCGGCAGUAGCUGAGUGACCCAACUGAUAUCUUUCACGUCUUUCAUAUGGAUGGCUGAGCUUAGGCAUGUUCUGCGCCAAGAAGCCACCUGUGUAGGGACAGCUUUUGGUCAUUGGUAAAUUGGAAACCCGGCUGACCGCAGAUGCCACAGCCUUCUUUUCCAGGACAUGCCAUCAUCAACCACUGCAGCUCCCUCUAUAAAUAGCAGCAUGUGGAGAGCGCUAAGACACCAUACUCGAGGAGUUCAUUGGAGCUUGGAAAAAUGGCUUCCUCCACAAGGCCUAAUAGCUCCAAUGAAAUCCAUGACAUCGAUGUAGUUACAGCUCAGAACUCCUACAUCUCUCCGACUCUUCUUCACCAGAAGAGCCUUAAAGAAGUCUUCCCACCCUUUCUUGCAAGAAAGGUUGUAGCUGAGACGAUCGCUACCUUUUUACUGGUAUUCGCCACCUGCGGCUCCGCCGCGUUGAGCAAGAGCAACCCAGGCCUGGUCUCGCAGCUCGGGGCAUCAGUCGCCGGAGGACUGAUCGUGACGGUGAUGAUUUACGCCGUGGGGCACAUCUCGGGCGCCCACAUGAACCCUGCCGUCACGUUGGCCUUCGCCGUCGCCAGGCAUUUUCCAUGGAUUCAGGUCCCCUUUUACAUGGCUGCUCAGAUCUCCGGCGCCAUGAUCGCUUCCUUCGUCCUCCGCGAGCUGCUGCACCCGAUCACCGAUCUCGGGACCACGGCGCCGUCGGAUACGGCGGUGAAGGCACUGGUCAUGGAAAUCGUGGUGACCUUCUGCAUGAUGUUCGUCACGUCAGCGGUGGCGACGGACACCAAAGCUGUAGGAGAGUUGGCAGGGUUAGCUGUGGGUUCAUCGGUGUGCAUAACCUCCAUUCUAGCUGGGCCGAUAUCUGGAGGAUCGAUGAACCCGGCGAGGACACUCGGACCGGCCGUCGCGAGCAGCAAUUACGACUCGCUUUGGGUGUAUUUUCUGGGCCCGGUGUUGGGCACCUUGUCAGGAGCAUGCUCCUACAGUUUCAUAAGGAUGACCGAGACGCAACCACAAGCCACUGCUGCACAGAAGCUAUCCUCCUUCAAGCUCCGCCGCUUGCAGAGCCUGGAAAUGGCGAGUCCUACCAACAACGCUUUCGAUAACAUUUAGUGAAGGGGCCUUGACCUUGGAGGAGGAGGAGGAGGAGGAGGUUUCUGGGCAUCGCCAACUGUUGCCUCCAAUAAUCUAUCAGCAUAUAUUAGCUGAAGUCUCUACUCGUGAGCUAUGUGAAAUAUUGGAUAUGGUAAUGCGGUUUUUGAAGCCUUAAAUUCUAAGGCAGCAUUAACGUGGAGCUAUAUAUUUUCACUAGCAUCAUGUGAUCUGUAGACAUGAAUCUCCAGGGGUUGAGUGUUUUGUACAUGAAGCUAAAGGCUUUUGCCAGCUCAUUUAGUCCCUAACAAGAAGAAAUAAAGUCCUUAUCAGAAAUAACAUUACUAAA